UUUGGCAGGUGACAUCACACAGAAGGGUUAUGAAAAGAAGAGAUCAAAAUUAAUUGGGGCCUACUUGCCACAACCUCCAGCGGCGAAUGGAGCUGCCGCGGUACGGUGUAGGCUGCAGCACAGUGAAGGGCCCGCGAGAAGGAUGCACCGCACUAGCAACAUUGGGGUCUGUGACAUCCGGGAAGCAGCAGCUAGAGAGCGCACAGCACCGCACAGCACAGCAGCAAACCGGCCCCUCUUUUACUUUCGUUUUGGAGUGGAUCAAGCACUGCCACAAGAACGCCGAACGCCAGUUACUCCAUCCUCCUCCUCUCGAUACCAUCGCCGCAGAUCCUCAGGGUCACGAGAUGAGCGCUAUCGGUCAGAUGUUCACACAGAAGCAGUCCAGGCAGCUCUUGCAAAACAUAAAGAACGGAAAAUGGCAGUACCUAUGCCAUCUAAGCGACGUUCACUGGUGGUGCAAACAUCAAUGGAUGCCUACACCCCUCCAGAUACCUCCUCUGGUUCCGAAGAUGAAGGUUCCGUGCAGGGCGAUUCACAGGGAACUCCAACCUCAAGCCAAGGGAGUAUAAACAUGGAACACUGGAUCAGCCAAGCAAUCCAUGGCUCAACCACAUCUACCACCUCUUCAUCUUCAACACAAAGCGGUGGCAGUGGGGCUGCGCAUAGGCUAGCUGAUGUAAUGGCGCAAACACAUAUAGAAAAUCAUUCUGCACCUCCAGAUGUUACCACUUACACCUCUGAACACUCAAUACAAGUAGAAAGACCACAAGGUUCGACAUCAAGGGUGGCUCCAAAAUAUGGAAAUGCUGAACUUAUGGAAACUGGUGAUGGUAUGUCUUGUAAAAUGGAAGAAGGAGUUCCAGUAAGCAGCAGAGUGUCUGCAAAAAUUCAGCAACUCGUCAAUACCCUGAAACGACCCAAACGGCCACCACUACGAGAGUUCUUUGUGGAUGACUUUGAAGAAUUAUUAGAAGUUCAACAGCCAGACCCAAACCAACCAAAGCCAGAAGGAGCUCAGAUGUUGGCGAUGCGUGGGGAACAGCUGGGCGUGGUUACGAAUUGGCCUCCUUCACUUGAAGCGGCAUUGCAACGAUGGGGAACAAUUUCCCCCAAAGCUCCUUGUUUAACCACUAUGGAUACCAAUGGAAAACCACUAUAUAUUCUCACUUACGGUAAACUUUGGACCCGUAGUAUGAAAGUCGCUUAUAACAUACUGCAUAAGUUGGGCACAAAGCAGGAACCCAUGGUGCGGCCAGGGGACAGGGUAGCACUAGUAUUUCCCAAUAAUGAUCCUGCAGCUUUUAUGGUAGCAUUUUAUGGCUGCCUCCUUGCAGAAGUUGUUCCUGUUCCUAUUGAAGUGCCACUUACCAGAAAGGGGACUCCUCCUUCUGUCUGGAUUUUCAUAGAAGCCAAACCAAAUGAGAGCUCAUUUCUGAAGACUUUUCUUGCAAAAGAUGCAGGUAGCCAACAGAUCGGCUUCUUGCUUGGAAGCUGCGGUGUCACUGUGGCCUUGACUAGUGAUGCAUGCCAUAAAGGACUACCUAAAAGCCCUACAGGGGAAAUACCACAGUUUAAAGGCUGGCCAAAGCUGCUAUGGUUUGUGACGGAAUCAAAACACCUUUCGAAACCUCCUCGAGAUUGGUUCCCCCACAUCAAAGAUGCAAACAAUGACACAGCUUACAUUGAGUACAAAACAUGUAAGGAUGGAAGUGUUCUUGGCGUGACCGUGACAAGGAUUGCGUUACUGACCCAUUGUCAAGCACUCACCCAGGCGUGCGGAUACACGGAAGCUGAAACAAUUGUGAACGUACUAGAUUUCAAGAAAGAUGUGGGCUUAUGGCAUGGCAUCCUUACAAGUGUUAUGAACAUGAUGCAUGUGAUAAGCAUCCCAUAUUCCUUAAUGAAAGUGAACCCACUUUCAUGGAUACAGAAGGUGUGCCAGUACAAAGCAAAAGUGGCUUGUGUAAAAUCUAGGGAUAUGCACUGGGCAUUAGUAGCACAUAGAGAUCAACGUGAUAUCAACCUCUCCUCACUUCGAAUGCUGAUAGUGGCUGAUGGCGCCAAUCCAUGGUCUAUUUCUUCAUGUGAUGCAUUUCUUAAUGUCUUCCAAAGUAAAGGCCUAAGACAAGAAGUCAUCUGUCCUUGUGCUAGUUCACCAGAGGCUCUCACAGUGGCAAUUAGAAGGCCAACAGAUGACAGCAAUCAACCACCAGGAAGGGGAGUACUGUCCAUGCACGGGCUUACUUAUGGAGUAAUCAGAGUGGAUUCUGAAGAAAAGCUUUCUGUUCUAACAGUGCAGGAUGUUGGCUUGGUGAUGCCUGGAGCCAUAAUGUGUGCCGUAAAGCCAGAUGGAGUUCCUCAACUCUGCCGAACAGAUGAAGUUGGUGAACUCUGUGUAUGCGCUAUUGCAACAGGUACAUCUUACUAUGGACUCUCUGGAAUGACCAAAAAUACAUUUGAGGUGUUCCCUAUGACUAAUUCAGGUGCCCCCAUAAGCGAAUAUCCCUUUAUAAGAACUGGACUUCUUGGGUUCAUUGGCCCUGGAGGACUUGUUUUUGUUGUUGGUAAAAUGGAUGGUCUGAUGGUUGUCAGUGGGCGGAGACACAAUGCAGAUGACAUCGUAGCUACAGCGUUGGCAGUGGAACCCAUGAAGUUUGUCUACAGGGGAAGGAUAGCAGUAUUUUCAGUGAGUGUCCUUCACGAUGAGAGAAUAGUCAUUGUGGCUGAGCAGAGGCCGGAUUCUACAGAAGAAGACAGCUUUCAGUGGAUGAGCAGAGUCCUGCAGGCUAUAGACAGUAUUCACCAAGUAGGGGUUUACUGCCUAGCCUUGGUACCAGCAAACACACUCCCAAAGACUCCUCUGGGUGGAAUCCACUUAUCAGAAACGAAGCAGCUCUUCCUUGAAGGAGCACUGCAUCCCUGUAACGUACUGAUGUGUCCACAUACCUGUGUAACAAACCUACCUAAACCAAGACAGAAACAACCAGAAAUUGGUCCUGCCUCUGUGAUGGUGGGGAAUCUGGUCUCUGGAAAAAGGAUUGCGCAGGCAAGCGGCAGAGAUUUGGGACAAAUAGAAGAUAAUGAUCAAGCUAGAAAGUUCCUAUUCCUCUCAGAAGUCUUACAGUGGAGGGCACAGACAACUCCUGACCAUGUGCUUUAUACACUACUAAACUGUAGGGGGACAAUAGCAAACUCUCUCACCUGUGUCCAGUUACAUAAACGAGCUGAAAAGAUAGCAGUAAUGUUGAUGGAAAGGGGACACUUACAAGAUGGCGACCAUGUUGCUUUAGUCUACCCACCAGGCAUAGAUCUGAUCGCUGCAUUUUACGGAUGUUUAUAUGCGGGCUGUGUACCAAUAACAGUUCGGCCUCCCCAUCCACAGAACAUUGCAACGACCUUACCCACGGUGAAGAUGAUUGUGGAGGUGAGUCGCUCUGCCUGUUUAAUGACAACACAAUUAAUAUGUAAAUUGUUACGGUCUCGAGAGGCAGCAGCAGCAGUGGAUGUCAGAACAUGGCCGCCAAUAUUAGACACAGAUGAUUUGCCAAAGAAACGGCCUCCUCAGAUCUUCAAACCUUCUAAUCCUGACAUGCUAGCUUAUCUCGAUUUCAGUGUAUCUACAACUGGAAUGUUAGCAGGGGUGAAGAUGUCUCAUGCAGCCACUAGUGCCUUUUGUCGUUCUAUUAAGCUGCAGUGUGAACUCUAUCCUUCUAGAGAAGUUGCCAUCUGUUUGGAUCCCUAUUGUGGACUUGGGUUUGUCCUUUGGUGCCUCUGUAGCGUUUAUUCAGGACACCAGUCUAUUUUAAUUCCUCCCUCAGAAUUGGAAACUACACCUGCUCUUUGGCUUCUGGCUGUGAGCCAGUACAAAGUGAGAGAUACCUUUUGUUCCUACUCAGUUAUGGAGCUUUGCACCAAGGGCCUUGGCUCACAAACAGAAUCUCUGAAGGCAAGGGGGCUGGACCUGUCAAGGGUGCGGACGUGUGUGGUUGUGGCAGAAGAACGGCCCCGAAUAGCUCUGACGCAAUCUUUUUCAAAGCUUUUCAAAGAUCUGGGCCUCCAUCCCAGGGCUGUCAGCACAUCCUUUGGCUGCAGAGUUAACCUGGCUAUAUGUUUGCAGCCGCACGGGCUGGGGAAACUGGGCGAGCAGGGAACAUCUGGGCCAGAUCCGACCACUGUGUAUGUUGAUAUGAGGGCCCUCAGACACGACAGAGUGCGUUUAGUAGAAAGAGGAUCCCCCCAUAGUUUGCCUCUCAUGGAAUCAGGAAAGAUCCUCCCCGGAGUUCGUAUCAUUAUUGCUAAUCCAGAAACAAAGGGCCCCCUAGGCGACUCUCAUCUUGGAGAGAUAUGGGUUCACAGUGCUCACAACGCCAGUGGAUAUUUUACAAUCUAUGGUGAUGAAUCCCUACAAUCAGAUCAUUUUAACUCAAGACUUAGUUUUGGAGACACACAAACUAUCUGGGCACGAACUGGGUACCUGGGAUUCUUGAGGAGAACAGAACUCACAGAUGCAAAUGGGGAACGACACGAUGCACUUUACGUGGUAGGUGCAUUAGAUGAAGCCAUGGAAUUACGAGGAAUGCGGUAUCAUCCCAUAGAUAUAGAGACGUCAGUAAUUAGAGCGCACAAAAGCAUUACGGAAUGUGCGGUGUUUACCUGGACAAACUUGUUGGUCGUUGUCGUCGAACUGGAUGGAUCAGAGCAAGAAGCCUUAGACCUGGUUCCUUUGGUCACCAACGUGGUUCUGGAGGAGCACUAUCUGAUUGUUGGGGUCGUGGUGGUGGUGGACGUUGGGGUCAUCCCUAUCAACUCCCGUGGAGAGAAGCAGCGAAUGCACCUACGAGAUGGAUUUUUGGCAGACCAGUUAGAUCCGAUCUAUGUGGCCUAUAACAUGUAGUCUUGUAUCUUUAAGGCUUCCAUGGACUUGACUCUAGAUGUAUAAAACACUUUUUUAAUGUACACUAAACAAUGUACAAGUGGCGCUCUUCAGAAUGGAACUCUUUCUCUUAGGACUUAUUGAAGCACUCAUUAUGGGCAGGACAUAAAAAUGUGAAAUGUGUUUCUUUUACCACUACAUUUUAGCACAGAAGGACUUUGGGGUACUGCCUUCGGUUUGUUGGAAAGCCCAUUACUAGACUUUUUAAAAUAAGAUUAUUUUUUGCUUAUUGGGAUGAAUACUGCUUUCUAAGUAAUAUGGCUUUGUAUCUUAUGUUAAACUGAACUAGCUAUUUUUUUUUAAUCUGCCCCUACCUACCUACCACCCACCCACCCAUGGAUAUUUUUGAACAGCUCAUAAUAUGACUGAAUUGUUUUGGUUUGCUUGUUUUUAAAAUGUCCAUAUAAAAACAAACUUCUCCCACUAUGGAUCCAUUACUAAUUUUAAGCCAUUUUCUAUUCCAUUCGCUUAGGAAGCUACAUUGAGGUACGAGAAAAAUACUCAAAACAGCACCUUCUCAAAUUAGAGUUUUUAACAGCUUUCUCUCCUGGAAAUGCUGAGGUUCAAAGGUGAAAAGAGCCUUUGAUUAUUAGUGUUAGAAUGAACAGAUCUUUAUAAAUAAGGUGUAUUUCGGCAAUGAACUUGCAGAUAUCUUUGUACUAAGCUAAAAAGAUAAAAUAAGUUAACUACUUCUGUAAUUAUGUACAAAACCUUUAAUUUAUUUUGAUCUCUUUAGAAGUAUAAAAGAGAAACAUUCAAGAAUAUUAAGCUCUUGUAAUGUUUGCUAAUAUAAAAACAAAAGGUUGUAUUAUCUUGAGUGGAUAGUAUCACAUCAAAAAUAUAUAUAUAUGAAAUAUAAAUUCACUAAUGACAAAAAAAGAGUUUAAAGUUUUAAAAGGAUGCAGUACUCGUCACUUGCAUGGUGUCUCUUUUCCCACUGUAGAUAAUAAACAUUAUUCACAAACUUUUAGGACAAAAGCAGUUCUGAAUUGCUCAGUAUCCCCGCCUAAAAGAAUCUUCCAUAUACCAGCAAGUGAAAAUUUGCUGCCACUUGUAGGGCAGUGAGUUGAUUUCAAGGUCGCAGUCUUGCUGUCUUGCUUGCACAAAGGGCAGGCGGAGGAGCGCCUCCUUUCAGGGGCUGGGGGGAGCCCCCCGGUCCCCCGGCUGGCGGUUCCCCCGAGCUGCCUCCUCUAGCUCUCCGCAAGGGCCCUUGCGCAUCCGCCCUGCCCUCUCCUCCACCAUCCUCUUCCUCAGAUGGUGCCGCAGCCCUCGCGAGGACAGCCUGAAUUGGAAGGGCCCCGACGUCUUGGCGAGUCUGUCGGGAAGAGCCGAGGCAGCGGGAGGCCCCUGGCAGGACGACUAACGCAAAGUCUUAUGGGAACCACAACAGAACCUGCUUUUGAUGACUCUUCCCAGGGCAGGAUCGACUGGCGGCCAAAGACUUGAACAGUGCACUACAAAGGAUUCUUUUCUUUACUGUGGAGGUGACCAUAAAUGUUGGCAUGUAUGUUCAUACACUUCUUAGAUGUUAGAAAAGGCAGGUCUGAAGUAUAGCACUGUUUUCCUUAGCUGCAUAAUAUUGUUGCACAAAAUUGGUCAUCUUUUUUUGAGUUCAUCUUUUGUUUUUGUUAAUACUUUUUACUGAUUUUUUUUCUUGUGGUAAAGAUAAUUUCUGUUUGCUUUUUGGUGGUCAUUUUGCACAAGAUUUUUUGUAAAAAAAGAAAAGAAAAGAGUUUCCCCACUCAUCUCUCUGCUGUCUGGUUUAGUUUGGGCAAUGGGAGAGUGCUGAUCCAUCUAUUUAACACUUUGUAGAAAGUUGUUGUUUUGAAAAAGUCUCUUAUUUGUUAUUAGACAAUAACCAGAAACCUCCUCUAAACGAUUUGGCUUAGCUUGGUGCAACUGCUAACGUGUGUCAAACUGAGGAACUGAAAUUCAAAUGUUGCAAUGCCAUCCUUCAGUUCCAAAGGGAAUCUGCCGAGAGAGCGGGGGGGGGGGGAGGAUUAUGAAUCACAGCUGCCUUUCCCUCCCUCCCUCCCUCUUGCUCGCCUUUUUGCCAUCUCAAAUUUCAUUGGGUAAACCGCCUCUUCCGUUUCUGCUU